UGUACUUUUCUUUGCGUUUGCAGUUGUGCAGGUAAACUGAGUUACAAUGAAGAUGUCAGCGAACCUCCCUUAAAACUUUCUGAACUUCUUCAACUCUUCAAACCCAAAACCCCCAACCUCUUGCAUCAGGAAGAAGAGCAACUGAUGCUUUCUUCACUUUCACAUCAUCUCUAUCUCAUCACAUGGCUUUAGUACCCAGUCGCCAGUUCUCCCCAACACCCACCAUUUUCGAUUCCUAUCAAAACUCCUCAAGAUUCCAGGGCACCCACCUCAACUUCUUCUGCUACGCUCAACCUCUUCCUCUAAAAAAUCACUCCUUUUAUCAUAAUUUCUAUUCAGAUGCUGCCCCUCAACAGAACCCACCAAGGAAAUUUUGUUCUCUUUCCAAAACCAAUCAUAAAGAUGCAAGUAUAUGUGCCGGUGGCGGUUGGUUUGAUAAGUGGAACAAAUCUAAUAAAGAUAAUCGCCCAAAACCGCUUCGGGCUGCGUUGAAUUUUAGAAAGAGUGAUGUAACCUUGCCAAGUUUUGGCUAUUCAAGUCGUAGAAGUGAUGGCAAUCGCAGUGUUGUUGAUGGUGGUGGCGCUAGUUCCUUGAGUAAGGUUGUAGAGAAAUUGAAAAAUUUUGGGUACGCAUAUGAUGGUGACGAUAAAAAUGAGAAAGAAAAGAUAGAACUAGAGAGAGCAAUUGAAAAAAGGUCUAUAGAGGACAUAUUUUAUGUGGAGGAAGGAAUUUUGCCAAAUACACGAGGAGGGUUUACGAAAGAAUCACCAUUGGAGUUAGGAGAGGUGGUGGAUAGUGGUGGAAAGGUAAGGUUUACACAGGAAAAGGCAAAGGAGAAGGUAGAGGAUGAGAAAUUGUCAGUAAGGAGGAAAAGUAGAAGGACUUCAGUGGCAGAGUUGACUAUCCCGGAGUCUGAAUUGAGGAGGUUGAGGAAUUUGACAUUUCAGACAAAGAGCGAGACAAAGAUUGCGGGUGCUGGUGUUACUCAGUCUAUAGUUGAUGUAAUUCACGAGGAAUGGAGAACAUCUGAGAUUGUGAGGUUGAAAAUAGAAGGGGUCCCUGCACUUAAUACGGAGAGGAUGCAUGAAAUAUUGGAGAGAAAAACUGGUGGGUUGGUGAUAUGGAGAUCUGGCACUACUGUUUCUUUGUACAGGGGUGUGAGUUAUGAAGUUCCUUCUGUGCAACUGAACAAACGGAUACAUAGGGGAAAUGAACAACCAGCAAGCUCCUUACCAAGAGAUACUGAUAAACAGAUAAAUAAGAGAAAUGAUAGAUCUAGUUAUUCCUUAUCAAAAAGUACUGAAAAACCUGCUCUAGGUCUGUCGUCAUUUAGUUCUUCUAAGAUUGUGCAUUCACCUGAAAAAUGCUUGGAAAUGGCUGCUGAAGAGCAAGACACUGAAUCAGCCCCAGAAGUGAAGUAUGAAGAUGAAGUAGACAAGCUAUUAGCAGGUCUGGGUCCCAGGUAUACAAAUUGGCGGGGAUGUAAACCAUAUCCUGUGGAUGCAGAUAUGCUUCCUGGCAUAGUUACUGAUUACCGACCUCCAUUCAGAGUGCUUCCUUAUGGAGUGAGAUCUACUCUUACACGAAAAGAGGCAACAAAUUUGCAAAGGCUUGCCCGCAUUCUUCCUCCACACUUUGCCUUAGGUCGAAGCAGGCAGCUCCAAGGUUUGGCUGUGGCCAUGAUUAAAUUAUGGGAAAAAAGUUCAAUUGCCAAGAUUGCUCUUAAACGUGGUGUGCAGCUAACUACGAGUGAGAGAAUGGCUGAAGAUAUCAAGAAUUUGACCGGAGGCAAACUGAUUGCAAGAAACAAGGAUUUCUUGGUGUUCUAUAGGGGGAAGGAUUUUUUAUUACCAGAUGUCACUGAAGUGUUACUAGAAAGGGAGAGGCUGGCUAAGUGUCUGCAAGAUGAAGAAGAGCAGGCUCGGUUAAGAGCAUCAAUCUUUGUCUUGCCAACUGCUGAAGUAAGUGAGCAAUCAGGUACUGCAGGUACCCUUGGGGAAACUUGGGACGCAAAUGCUAGAUGGGGAAAGAGGCUGGAUGACAAUCAUAAGGAAAAUGUGAUGAGAGAAGCUGAAAUAAUGCGACAAGCCAGCCUUGUCAAAAAACUGGAAAGAAAGCUUGCUAUUGCUGAACAAAAGCUAAUGAGAGCUGAAAAGGCCUCAUCAAGAAUGGAGUUUUUUCUAAAACCAACAGAAAGACAAGCAGAUCCAGAGAUCCUUACUGAUGAAGAGAGAUUUAUGUUUCGCAAGCUUGGUUUGAGGCAGAAGCCUUUCAUGCUUAUGGGUAGGCGUGGAGUUUUUGAUGGUACAGUGGAGGAGAUGCACUCGCAUUGGAGACAUCGAGAAUUGGUUAAAAUUAUUGUGAAUGUGAAAACUUCUGAUGAGGCUAAUAAUGUUGCAUUAGCACUUGUAGCUGAAAGUGGGGGUGUCUUGGUUUCAGUGGACAAAAUCACCAAAGGUUAUGCUAUAAUUGUAUACAGGGGAAAGGACUAUAAGCGGCCUUCCAAAUUGAAAUUGAGGCCAGGAAAUCUUUUGACAAAGAGGAAAGCUUUGGCACGGUCAAUUGAACUCCAAAGACAAAAGGGUCUUCUAAGGCAUAUUUCCCGUCUGGAGGCCAAUGUAAUGAAACUAAGUGCCGAAAUUGAACAAAUGAACAGUGUGAAAAAACAGGGAGCUGUGUAUUUGUAUGGCAGAAUAGAUUCUGCUUAUGCUAUUGAAGAUGAUGACAGUGAGCAAGAAGGAGAUGAUGCAUACUUGGAGACAUUCGACAGUGGAAAAGAUGGUGAAUAUGAAAGCGAUGUCUCAGUUCACAAUCUCCACACAGAAACAAACUUCCAUUAUCAUGAACAAGAUCAGAAGUCAGAAACUGAACCUGUAGAUUCUGAAGAUGAAGAAGCAUAUGCUCUGACCAAUGAGUCUUGCAUUGAACCAACAACUUAGAGAAAGAAAAUAACAACUUUUAGUAGACAAGGGAAAGGAGCCUAACAUCAAAUAAACUGUAUUAGAUGAUUAGAUCUCAAGGGGUCCAAAGAUCUUCAUGGAAACCGACAGGACAAUGGAGAACCUUAUUUUGGCUGGCCCUUUGUUAUUGUACAGGUAAAUUAUUUAAUUCUUGCCAUUAUUUAGGAAAAACUGCUACUGUUUUUUCAUGUCAGCAGAUGAACAUUUUCUUAAUUUAUAGAAAGAUGGCAUCCUUGAAGCUGAAGUUGCUGACAGUCCAGAAAUAUUAAUGUCUAAGAAACCAAAAGCUGUGUAAGAUUUUCUUUUUUAAUAAAACUAUGUUCACACA